AAUUACGAAUAUCAAAAUGGAAGAAGACAAACGAUGGCAGGGAUGAUUCAAAUUGUAGUUGCAGCAAGAGCGAAGUCGCGAGAGAUGUGAUCAAGAACAGCAACUUCUUCUCCUUCCUCCUGUUGUUGGUGAUCUAGGUGAUGGUCUCAUCCGCCAUGGACCCACCUCGCAAACAACAGGUUUCGUUGAGGGGUGCGAGCGCCAGGGAGAUUACGAGGGAUGCUCUUCUGGAGAAGGUGUCUCAGGAGAGGGAAGCCCGGAGCUACGCAAGACGUGCCAACGCAGCUGCUCUGUUCAUUCAGAGAGUAUGGAGGCGUUUCUAUGUGACAAGAAUGGCAGCUUUGCAGCUUCGAGAAGGAUGGGAGACCUUGGUGGAUCAUCAAUCUGGUUUGAUGACCAGAACAUGGAUUUCUUGCAGCCUUUUGCGACCUUUCCUAUUCUUUGUUAGAUGUUUGUCAGUCCAGCGUCAGACUAUUCAACCCAGAGAUAUUGCCUGCAUGCAGAAGUGCUUUAAGAUUCUAUUGGAAAGUAUUCACUCUACUGAUCUGAGGAGAAACUUCUGCUGCUUGGCCAUCGGCACGCUUGAAGAGAGAAGGACCUGGAAUUAUCAGGCACAGAAGCUGAUCGCACUGUGCUCCUUCGUUCUUGCAUCAUGUGACACAAAUUAUCCUGGAUCAAAAGAUAUGGUUGUUCUUACCUCAUUAGCAAUGCGUCUACCAGUCGUCUUAACUGAUCUGAAUGGAUGGAAGAUUUUACCUCAGGAUCAUAUCAGGGAUGUCGAUCUAGCAGUCAAGAAUUUGAUCUGCUAUAUGGGAAGUAAAAGUGGGCUUUACAUAUCUGUUAGAAAGUACAUUAUGAAACUGGAUGUUCUUUUGCCAUCACAACAUGGUGGUAUGAUACAGACCGAAGAUAGAUUCUUGAUCACGGCAAGUGCCUUAACUUUAGCUCUCCGGCCAUUUCAUGAGAUAAAGUCCAAUAAAGAUGGACCAAGCCUUGUGGAUAUUCAGUAUGCUCCAAAACAGUACUGUAUAUCUCUCCUGACAAUUCCUUGGCUUCUUCAACGAUUACCAGCUUUUCUGGUACCUGCUUUGAAGCAUAAGUCUGUUCUUUCACCAUGCUUCCAGACUCUUCUGAUGUUGAGAGGAAAGCUUUUAUCCGACAUGUCAGAUAUUCAUCAGCAAGGGACUCUCUGUUGGCAUAAGGCAAUUCCUCCAGUUGGUUGGGCUCUUGCAAAUGUCAUAUGCCUAAUGACAGGGAAUGACAAUGGUUCUCUAGACACUCCGUUAUUUUGUCAAGAUGUAGAACAUGGAUUAUAUGUUCGAGUUGUUAUUACUCUAGCAGAGAACUUUUUGGAUUGGAUUGAUAAUGCUAGAUCCUUCAGAAAGGAAAAUCAGAGAUGUGAAUGUGACCGUGGAACUUUUGAGGGGUCCACUGAUUUAUCUAUCUUUAAGAGAGAGUCCAUAUUGGGGCUUUCAGAAAGGUCUUACGUGGACUUACUGAGGCCUGUUUAUCAUCAAUCACAUCUGACAGACCUUUUGGCUGUCUUGAGUACAGAUACGGGUGCUCAGCGAGCUGAAAUGCUGGCAUCGGAGAAUUUGGAUAAUUUGGGAAAGUUGGAACUGGUUCACAUUUCGUACUUCUACUCUUAUAUCCUCAGAUUAUUUUCUGUACUGAACCCUGUGGCUGGAUCAUUGCCUAUCCUUAACAUGCUAUCCUUUACUCCUGGAUUUCUUGUCAGCUUGUGGGGAUUGCUGGAAACUAAUCUUUUUCAUGGUUCCUCUGAUUGCGCAAGAGAUCAUCCAGGGAGCAGAAAAAGUGGCACUUCUGACGUAAGACAGCAGACAUCUAAGUCUGGUGGCGGUAAAUGGACCAGUGUACUGCAGAUAAUCACUGGCAAGUCUCAGGCCAGUACUGGUAGUGGUCUUACGGACUCGACUGAUUCUCAUAUUAGGUCUGGCCUGGUGGAUGAAGAUUCUUGUGAUGUGUGGGAUGUAGAGCUGCUGAGGUCUGGCCCUCAAGGUCUUUCUAAAGAUAUGUCUUGUCUGCUGCAUCUGUUCUGUGCAACCUAUUCGCACCUACUGCUUGUCCUUGAUGACAUAGAGUUCUAUGAAAAACAGGUUCCUUUCAAGCUCGAGGAGCAAAGGAGAAUUACAUCGGCACUCAAUACACUUGUUUAUAAUGGCUUAUCGCGUAGCAGUUGUCUGCAGAAUAAACCAAUGAUGGAGUCUGCAACCCAGUGCUUGCAUUUAAUGUAUGAAAGGGAUUGCAGGCACCACUUUUGUCCCCCUGAUUUGUGGCUUUCACCUGCCAGAAAGAGCCGGCCUCCUAUUGCAAUAGCUGCGAGAACUCAUGAUGUUCUUUCAACUAAAUCAGAUGAUUUAUUGUUGGUUUCCAGCAUGGGUUCUAUUAUCACAACUAUGCCACAUGUAUAUCCAUUUGAAGAAAGAGUUGAGAUGUUCAGAGAAUUUAUCAAGAUGGAUAAAGUCUCUCGAGUCAUGGCUGGUGAAGUAGCAGGGCCUGGUUCUAGAAAUAUUGAGAUAGUCAUUCGGAGGGGGAAUAUUGUUGAAGAUGGAUUUCGACAAUUAAACACCUUGGGUUCAAGAUUGAAGUCAUCUAUCCAUGUAUCCUUUGUCAGUGAAUGUGGACUUCCAGAGGCUGGUCUAGACUAUGGUGGAUUGUCUAAGGAGUUCUUAACAGAUUUGUCAAAAGCUGCCUUCUCCCCCGAGUAUGGACUAUUCACCCAAACCUCAACUGAAGACCGGCUUCUGAUGCCAAAUAUAUCUGCAAAGUAUCUCGAAAAUGGAUUGCAGAUGAUUGAAUUUCUUGGAAGGAUUGUUGGCAAAGCUCUCUAUGAGGGAAUAUUGUUAGAUUACUCUUUUUCACACGUCUUUGUGCAAAAGUUGUUGGGGCGAUACAGCUUCCUUGAUGAACUGUCAACACUUGAUCCUGAGGUUUAUAGAAAUCUCAUGUAUGUCAAGCACUUCGAUGGUGAUGUAAAGGAACUCUCUCUGGAUUUUACAAUUACAGAGGAAUCUUUUGGUAAAAAUCGUGUUAUUGAACUCAGACCAGGUGGCAGGGAUAUCUGCGUGACAAAUGAGAACAAGAUGCAGUAUAUUCAUGCAAUUGCAGAUUAUAAACUUAAUCGGCAGAUAUUGGCAUUUGCAAAUGCUUUCUACAGAGGGUUAACUGAUCUUAUAUCACCAUCGUGGCUUAAGUUAUUUAACGCAACUGAAUUUAAUCAGUUGCUUUCUGGUGGAUACCAUGAUAUUGAUGUCGACGAUUUGAGAAGUAAUACACGCUAUACUGGUGGUUAUUCUGAGGGAAGCCGGACAGUAAAACUUUUCUGGGAGGUAAUGAAAGGAUUUGAGCCAAAGGAGCGGUGUAUGCUUCUUAAGUUCGUGACAAGCUGUUCUCGAGCUCCUUUACUGGGGUUUAAACACUUGCAGCCAACUUUUACUAUUCAUAAGGUUGCUUGUGAUGUACCUGUCUGGGCAACAAUUGGAGGUCAGGAUGUAGAGAGACUUCCAUCUGCUUCCACAUGCUACAAUACCUUGAAGCUUCCCACAUACAAGCGUGCAAGCACGAUGAGAUCAAAGCUUCUUUACGCGAUUAGUUCCAACACAGGGUUUGAACUUUCUUAGCAGCUUUCUAUCCACACUGCCGCUUCUGAGUAUGGAGAUCUUGCCCUCAGUAGUGAGUAGCUUACCGUUCUCAGCAGGUUUUGUGACCAUGUCCAAGAGGGGCUGGUAGAUGUCGAAGACCACAAGUUUGAGACCUGGGAGCCUGUUCUGCAAACUCUGAGAUGUGCUGUUUAGUUUUUUAUUGAACAAAACCGCGUCUUGGUUCAAUCUUGCUACGCACUGGUCGCUUCCUGAUCCAAAGAGAGUUCUGGCUGCUGGCAAACAUCCAGUUGGGGGUAGGCUUGUCACUCCAAUCCUCCUCGCACCCAGUCCAUAGAGAUUCUGCUAAAGGUGAUUUUUGUGUUAUAAAAGUAUUUCCGAUUGUGUACAAAAGAUGUCUCCUUUCAUAAAUGAGUUUCCUAUAAGUUGUCUCAUAGAAAAAGAAACAGAAAACGAAAGGUUUUCCUGACGCUUGCUGUACUUUGGUGAUUAAUCAGUAUAUAAUACGAGUUUGUAAAAAUUGUUAGA